AUGAAAGCCAGGUCAGUAGAUGUACCUAUUCCAGAUAGGCCCGUAUCACCGUUUCCCAUUUUAACUGAUUAUGUGGAUAUCAUAUGUGGGUUUGGUCGUGGCUCUUCUGAGUUAGGAAUUCCAACUGCCAACGUCCCUAUCGAACAAUUACCUCCAGAAGUAAACACUUUGGAGACAGGAGUCUACUUUGGUUGGUCGAAAUUACACGCCAUAACCAGUCUUGAGUCAAAGACACAUGAAAGGAAAAAUGGAACUUUAGUGGAAUACAAUUACGGCAAGAACCUAACAGUAGAUGAUACCGAGGUAUUACCCGUUGUGAUGUCUGUUGGAUGGAAUCCUUUUUUCAAGAAUAAGUCAAAGACAGUAGAAUUACAUAUAUUGCGAGCUUUUGAAGAUGACUUUUAUGGAGCAAAGGUUAAGUUUAGCCUCCUAGGUUAUAUCAGGCCAGAGUUGGAUUACACUACGAAAGAGAAUCUGAUAGACGAUAUUCAUACAGAUAUUAAAAUUACUUCUGAAGUUCUGAAACGCCCUGGAUACAGCUGCUUAAGGAGACAACUUCUCGAAUAA